GAACAUUCAAGACUUUGUAGGACACAGAGGAGCACACAAUGCCUUUGGAAUUUAGGGAGGGGGAGCAGAACAAAGAUAAUACCUGAGAUGGUAUUUCGGUCAGCAUAACAAAAGCACCUGUCAGAAAAAAGACCUGCUUAAAGGCCAUAGUUACAUGUGAAGAAUAGAGGAUUUGAAUGGCACCACAGUGAAGAUUUGGCAGCAGUGCGUUCGGGAUUACAAAGUUGGAAAAUAAAUUCACCAAACAACUCCAGAGCACAACACUGAAAAACAGAGAAGGAUUCCUGAUUUUUAUAAAAGUUCAUAGUUAUCUGCUUGUUAUUUGUGUGAGUGUGGAUUGCAAGUUCAAGGACCUGAGAUGAUGCUUUCUAACUGACUCCUGCAAGCCUGUCAAUGAUGUUCACUCCUCGGAAAAACAAUCUUCAAUCCCCCAGCCUGGAAGACUCCUUCUUCCCUCUCUCCUCAUCCUCCUCGAUCUCACUUUCCUUUGCUCUCCCCUCAUCCACGUCCUCUCCCAGCAGCAGUGACAGCGGAGGAGGGAUAGAGACGGAUCUGAUCAUAGCCGCAGAGCUGGGUCAGGCUUUACUGGAGAAGAAUGAGGAGCUGGCAGCCUCUCUGAAGCAGAGUGAGAAGGAGAUGGAGGUUUUACAGCAGGAGAAGCAUGUUCUUCAGAGAAAGCUGGAAAUGAAUGAACUGGCGUCUGGGCAGAGAGAGGCAGAGCUGGCUGCAGAUUUAGCUGCCUUGAGGGCUGAGCUGGAGCGACAUCACAGUCUGGGACGCGACCGGCGAAGGGAUGAGAGUGAACAGCUGACUCAAUUAGCUAAUCAUAACCAGCGGUUGGUGGAGCAGCUAGCAGAGGCUGUAACACUGGAACACUCCUUGAGGACCGAGCUUCGUUCCCUUAGAGAAGAGAUGGAAGAGUCAUCUUUUAGUCGAAAUAUCAAUUUCACACAAUUAGAGAACCUACAAGCAGAGAACAGAGUUUUGCUGGAGCGGCUCUCCCACAUGGAAGCCCAACUAAAAGCUUCAGAGGAGGACUGCGAUAGACUCCGCAUGGAGAGAGAGAGACUGAGAGACAGACUGUCAGAAAUACAGGAGACGCUGAGAGAGAAAGAAGCAGAGAUAGAGCAGGAGCAGGGAGUGGUGUUUGAGUUGCGAACCUUGAAUCGCUCUCUACAGCAGAAAGCUCUGAAUCUGGGAGAAGACAGCAUUCUGGACUGUGCACACACACAACCUCUUUCACUGCACAGUGAAAUUCAGCAAUCACAGGCUAAAGAAGCUCUUCUAGCUCACUCGGCAGUCCUGCAAGCAAAAGAUGAGGAGAUACAAGCGCUCACAGAGGAGUUGCAGUCUCAACGAGAAGAGCUGGAGUCUUUGAGGGAGGAAAUCAAGCCAUUUAGAAGCAGUUCUGGAAUGCCAAGCUACAGUUCCUUAGAGAGUGAGCUGGCCACAGUACGUCAGGAGAAAGAAUCACUAACUCAGCAGCUUCUCAACACUAUCAAACACAAGGUGGCGCUGUCUCAAGAGCUGGAUGCCUGGCAGGAGGACAUGCGGUUGGUGAUCAAUCAGCAGGUGCAGCAAAGGGAGGAGGACAGACAGAGACAAUUACAGCGAGAGAAAGAAACCUCAGUAGGACUCCAAAGAAGCAAGUCUUUAAGAGUGAAGGGAGAAGGAGGGAAAGGAUUCUUCUCCUUUUUCAAAGACAAAUAACACAGAGAAGUGGCAGCAUUUGGACCUUUAUCUCUGCCACCAUGAAUUUAUGCUGCUAGAUGAUGUACGCUGUACAUGUGAUAUCAGUGAAAUGUUUACAGACCUCAUAUUUGAAUUUAUUUGUAUAUAUUUAUGUGCAUUCAAACUUUAUAUUAAAAUCUCAAAGCCA